AUGUCGUAUACAGCCACUCUUCCAUUUGAUCGAGGACCUCUUCAUCCGAUUAGACCAGUUCACUAUUCAUACGAUCCAGUGCAUACAACACCAGAUUCUCCAAAGCACGACCUAUUUGACUAUCUUUCUACAGCCGCCAAAGAGGACCCCGCUCUUCAUAGAUCUUCCUUUUGCCUCGAACCAGAGAAGCUAGGUGUGUCCUGGCAGACAUUUUUCCCAGCAUGUCGGCAGAGUCGACAAUGGCGAGAUGCGGAGGACGCCGCGCAAGAGCUGACCGACAAACUCUUUCGAACUGGAGGCUCCUCGAGAAAUGGUUACUGCAAGAAAUGGAGAGAUUUGGCAGAGAUCUUGCAGGUGGUGGAGAUGGCCGUUGCAUGCGCGGUAUACACGUACCCGAGAGCGGAUGUUGUCAGAAUCCGAUUACUAGCUCAACUACAUGUUGUGAUAUGGAUCCAUGAUGGCAUCGUCGAACGCGAACAGGGAGAGCCAGGGAAAGAUCGAUCUUUUCCUCCGACUCCUACUCGCAAUGGCUCCCAUGUAAAAUCCAACUCAAUAUGCGGUAUCAUAUCUAGUAUUCUACAAGAGAUACUUCAAGUCGACUCGACCAUUGGAUUUGACGUUGCAGCCGGCGCACUGAAAUGGCACCGGAUGUCGCGAGCCCACUGCAAUUCGGACCCCACCAUCAACCGGUUCAUGACAUUAUCAGACUACCUUGAAGCUAGGAUCGGAGAUCCCGCUACGGACAUCCAUCUCUCUAUGAUUCGCUUCGCAGCAUCGAUCCACCUCUCCCACGAACAGGGACAAGAUCCCAUACUGAAGGAUAUAGUGAGCCUCUGGGCCAAACAUCGAAUCAUCGUCAAUGACCUUUUUUCGUAUGAGAAAGAGUGCCUCGAGCAUGCGGUACACGACUCGGCGAUUGUCAACGUAGUGAAGUUCUUACAAGGAGAACUGGAUGUAUCCCUUGAAACAGCCAAAGAAGUCGCACGUAACAUACAGUUGGACACAGAGCGAGAGAUUCACGGGCUUUACAAAGACAUCCUGAAUAGGACGGGCCCUGAUAGCACCGAUGCCCGAUACGUCCGAGCGCUCGUUGAAAGUCUGGCUGGAAAUGUUUUCUCCUCUUCAACUGCAGGGAGGAAUGCCAUGCCUUUGGUGGGUAGGUCUGCUGAUGGCUAG